CGCCAAUUGCCUGUUCACUGAGCAGCAGCCCACCCUCCAUUCUCUCUCUACGCCCACACAGUGACAAUCUCCUCCUCCAAACUUUGCUCCCCUUCUUCUUCUUCGUCUCUUUCCCAACCAUGGUAGUAUUCCCCUGUUGACUCCACUCCACCUUCUCCUCGCCUCUGUUUUUCCCGAUUCCGGCACUCUUGUUUCGUGGGUCGGUGGAGGAAGAAAUGGACGGAAAUGGGUUCUUCAUCGAGCAGAAGAAGCUUCUCUCCCGGCGUUUUCUGGUGCUCGGAGUUUUUCUCUGUCUGGUUCUCUGCCCUCACGCUUCCUCGCUGAACGACGAAGGUAGAGCUCUGAUGGCGAUCAAGGGUUCAUUCAGCAACGUGGUGAAUAUUCUAUCCGACUGGGGCGACGCCCACAACGAAGAUUUCUGUUCAUGGCGUGGAGUCUGGUGUGACAAUCUCACUAUCUCUGUUGCUUCUCUGAACCUCUCAAAUUUGAACUUGGGUGGUGAGAUUUCUCCUGCCAUUGGAGACUUGAGGAACUUGCAGUCUCUGGACCUUCAAGGAAACAAGCUAUCGGGUCAAAUCCCAGAUGAAAUCGGCAACUGUGGUUCUCUUUUUCAUCUGGAUCUCUCCGAUAACUUGCUCUAUGGAGAUAUUCCAUACUCCAUUUCCAAGCUGAAGGAACUGGAAUACCUGAACUUGAAGAACAAUCAGCUCAUCGGUCCUAUACCCUCGACUCUGACGCAGAUUCCCAACCUCAAAACAAUUGACCUUGCUCGGAAUCAGCUCACCGGCGAGAUACCCAGAUUAAUCUAUUGGAAUGAAGUCCUGCAGUACCUUGGGUUGCGUAGUAAUUUUCUGACGGGAACGCUGUCUCCUGAUAUGUGCCAACUCACCGGCUUGUGGUACUUCGACGUGAGGGGCAACAAUCUUACCGGAACCAUCCCUGAUAGCAUUGGCAACUGCACAAGCUUUGAGAUAUUGGACAUAUCAUACAACAUGAUCACAGGGGAGAUUCCUUACAAUGUUGGCUUCUUGCAAGUAGCUACUCUGUCACUGCAGGGGAACAGGCUUACUGGGAAGAUUCCUGAGGUCAUUGGUCUAAUGCAAGCUCUUGCUGUUCUGGAUUUGAGCGAGAACCAGCUAGUUGGACCAAUCCCACCGAUCCUGGGCAAUCUGACUUACACAGGCAAACUGUAUCUCCAUGGAAACAAACUUACUGGACCAAUUCCCCCAGAACUUGGGAACAUGUCCAAGCUUAGUUACUUGCAACUGAAUGACAAUGAGUUCACUGGUGGCAUCCCCCCUGAACUAGGCAAGCUGGAGCAGUUGUUCGAAUUGAAUCUUGCCAACAACAAUUUGGAAGGCUCCAUUCCUCACAACAUCAGUUACUGUACUGCAUUGAACAAGUUCAAUGUUUAUGGGAACCGCCUCAAUGGAACAAUCCCUCCAGGAUUCAGAAACUUGGGGAGCUUAACUUACCUGAACCUUUCACUGAACAACUUCAAAGGCAAAAUUCCAUUCGAGCUUGGACGCAUUGUCAACCUCGACACACUGGAUCUUUCUAGCAAUAGCUUUUCUGGGCCUAUACCAGCUUCAGUUGGAGAUCUGGAGCACCUUCUGAUAUUGAACUUAAGCAAGAACCACCUUGGUGGACCGUUGCCAGCUGAAUUCGGUAACCUUCGCAGCAUUUUAAUCAUUGAUGCUUCUUUCAACAAUGUCACUGGAACCAUUCCCAUCGAACUUGGCCAGCUGCAAAAUGUUGCUUCCUUGAUUCUAAACAACAACAGCCUGAAUGGACAAAUUCCUGAACAGCUUUCCAACUGUCUCAGCCUCACCAAUCUGAACUUUUCUUACAACAACUUGUCGGGGAUAGUUCCUCUGCUUCGGAACUUUUCUCGAUUUCCAGCUAACAGCUAUGUGGGUAAUCCUUUGCUCUGUGGGAACUGGGUUGGCUCCAUAUGUGACCCUUACACUGUAAAGUCAAAAGCAAUAUUCACGAUGCCUGCAGUUGUCUGCAUAGUGCUGGGAGUCCUUGCUCUACUCUCCGUGGUCGCACUUGCUAUCUACAAAUCCAAGCAACAGAACCUGUUGGACGAUGCCACCAACAACUCAUUGCAAGGCCCUCCAAAGCUAGUGGUGCUUCACAUGGACAUGGCAUUCCACACCUUCGACGACAUACUGAGCUACACCGAGAACUUCAACGAGAAGUUCAUCAUUGGCUGUGGAGCUUCGGGCACAGUGUUCAAAUGCGUGCUGAAAAAUUCUCGACCCCUCGCAAUCAAGCGACUCUACAGUCACAAGUACCCUUACAACCUUCGUGAGUUCCAAACUGAGCUCGAGACCAUCGGCAGCAUUCGUCACAGAAACAUCGUCUCUCUCCAUGCCUACGCCUUGUCACCUUCUGGCAACCUCCUCUUCUACGACUACAUGGAGAACGGCUCUCUCUACGACCUCCUCCAUGGCGUGUCCAAGAAGGUGAAGCUCGAUUGGGACACACGUAUCAAAAUCGCAGUUGGCGCUGCUCAGGGACUCGCUUACCUUCACCACGACUGCAACCCCAGAAUCAUUCACAGGGACGUCAAGUCGUCGAACAUUCUUCUGGACGAGAACUUCGAAGCUCAUCUCGCCGAUUUCGGUAUCGCCAAAUGCAUCCCGUCGGCGAAAUCUCAUGCAUCGACGUUGGUUCUAGGGACUAUCGGCUAUAUAGACCCUGCGUACGCCAGAACUUCUCGUUUGAACGAGAAGUCCGACGUCUACAGCUUUGGCAUUGUUCUACUGGAGCUUCUCACCGGGAAGAAGGCUGUGGAUAACGACUCCAACUUGCUUCAACUGAUCAUGUCGAAAGCUGACGACAACACGAUAAUGGAGGCUGUGGACUCGGAAGUUUCGGUGACGUGCAUGGAUGCGAACCAUUUGAGAAAGACUCUGCAACUGGCUUUACUGUGUACUAAGACGAACCCUUCUGAGAGGCCGACGAUGCAUGAAGUUGUGAGGGUGCUGGUCUCGUUUCUGCCACGUCCACCGAUGAAGGGUUGCUCGCUCUCGUCAAAGGGUAUCGACUACUCGAAGUUCGUCGUUGAGAAAGAGGAGAAGCCACUUGUUGGAUGUGAGUCUGUUCUACAACAGCAGCAGCAGCAGUUGCAGCAAGAGAACAACAACUCUUCUGAUGGUCAGUGGUUUGUUAGGUUCAGAGAAGCUAUAUCUAAGAACACGUUUUAGGUAGUUUAUCGACAGUUUAUAACCAAACUAGGGAGGAGAAAGUAAGUGAAAAGAUCCCAAAUUUUGGCUUUUGGAAAGGAAUGAUGGUGAUUCAUGGGUUCUGUACUUCGACCUUGGGUUUAAGGCUGGGAACCAGCCUCGGGUAUUGGUUUUUGUAUUUGGGUGGACCGUGGCACCCGAACUGGUUUGGUUUUGGUAGGUUCAAUACAGGCAGUUGUAGAAACUUGCUAAAAGCUUGCUGACAUUUACACUUGGUAUUAACUUAUGCACAGAAUGGCCA